CCUGUAUUUUGUGUAGUUGUAUGUAGAGAGUGAAACUAGUAGUAGUGUGGUGGAGGAGGUGUAGAUCUACAGUAGAGAGAGAAGACGCAAUGAUGGGUUCACAUAGAUCUUUAAUCCUCUUUCUGACCAACACUGCCACCCUUACCACUGCCAUCAUAAACUCCCCCUAUACCUGUAGGAGGAUACCAAUUAAACUGUAUAUUUCACUCCUCUUCUCCCUUUAAUUCCCCCCAAUUUUCCACUUUCUCUCUCUAGAAUUUGGGAUUUGGUCUUCUUGUUGUUGGGUUUGCCUGCUCUGCUGGGUAUUAUUAACCCCCAUAACCAGUUUUGGUAAUUAGGUCAAGUCAGUCAGUCCACAUAAUAGAGCUGAAGAAGCAAGUGCAUAAUUAAGAGGCACAAAUACCAAAAGUAGAGAGAGAGAGAGAGAGAGAGAGAGAGAGAGAGAGAGAUGGGUUAGGCUGGCAAGGUAGCCGGUUUAGCCUCUCUCUUUUAGUCUGGUUUGGGUUUUAAUUACGGGAGGACCCUUUUGGAAAAAAUUGGUGGUGGUGGUGGGGUAGUUUGUGAUAUGGAACUGAAAACAUUGAAUGGCAGAGCCUUUUCGGAGAGCCAGAAGCAGAAGAAGCCGAACCAGGAAAAGCAGAAGCAGUUUCAGGGCUCAGAGGGGAGGUGGCAGCACAAGCAUCAGGAGAUCACACAAGCAAAGACAGACCACUAGCAAAAAAAAAAGUCUAUUAGCAAAAGUACUUGUUUGUAGAAGCAGAAGCAGUUGUACUGUUCCAUUAAAAACUGGAAGAGGAAAAUCACAAGGGUCUGACUCUGGAUCCUCAAAGGAAUCACCACCACCAUUAUCUCCACCAAAACCCAAUUCUCAAUUUUACCCAUCUUGUCCAAGAAGAAGAAGAAGAAACCCAGCAACAAACCCAGCAGAAUCACCACCAAGCUUUCAACUUUCCGUAUCUCCACCAAGACCCACAUACCCAGCAGGAGCACCAGCAUUUCUUUGGAGAAACCCAGCAGCAAACCCAGCAGAGAGCUCCAAAGAAACGCAGCUGUACUUCUUCUUCUUCUUCAACUUUGGUGGAACAGAGCAUCGAAUAUGCAAGAUCAAAAAUGGAAGAUUCCCACCACCACCACCUCAACAACCACCAAGCAACCACGUCGUCUCGCCUGGGGAUAAGGCCGCCGUCAUCCGGCGGAGGAGUCGGCACCGACAUCGUGGAGGUGGUACGAGGCAGCCACAUUGUCCGGGCGACGGGCCGGAAGGACAGGCACAGCAAGGUUUGCACGGCAAAAGGCCCGAGGGACCGCCGCGUCCGGCUCGCCGCUCACACCGCCAUUCAAUUCUACGACGUCCAGGACCGGCUCGGCUACGACCGACCCAGCAAGGCCGUCGAUUGGCUAAUCAAGAAGGCCAAGGCCGCCAUAGACGAGCUCGAGGAGCUUCCCUCAUGGAACCCACAUUCGAUUUCGACCACCGCGGCGGUUCCAGCCAUGGAGACCCAGAACCCGUCCGCCACCGGCAUCCACUGCUUCGCGGCAGUGGACGCAAUUGGGUCUGCUAAUCGAAGAACAAUGGUGGGGAGUGGAGUUUCGGAGCAGCAAUUUGCUCAGAACCCAAAUAGCAACUCGACUUUCCUCCCACCGUCGCUCGACUCGGACGCCAUUGCAGACACCAUCAAGUCCUUUUUCCCAAUGGGUGCUUCCGAGGCCACAGCUGCCGCCGAGGCUCCGUCGUCGACGAUACAGUUCCAUCAGAACUACCCACCUGAUUUGCUCUCUAAAGCCAGCAGCCAAAGCCAAGAUCUGCGCCUCUCCCUGCAGUCCUUCCAAGACCCAAUUCUCCUCCACCACCACGACUCCCAAAAUCAGCACCACCACGCUCAGACCCACCAAAACGAGCAAACCCUUUUCUCCGGAUCCCAAAACCAGCUCGGGUUUGAUGGGACCUCCGGCUCGUGGGCAGAGCAUCACCACAACCAGCAGCAGCAAGAGAUGAACAGAUACCAGAGAAUGGUGGCUUGGAACAGCGGUGGCGGAGAUAGCGGUGGUAACGGCGGACCAUCGUCGGCAGGCGGGUUUAUAUUCAAUUCGCUGCUACCAACACAGCAGGGUAGUACUAGUCCUUUGCAACAGCAGCAGCAGUCGUUGUUCGGCCAAAGUCAGUUCUUUUCUCAGAGGGGACCCCUUCAGUCCAGUAACUCGCCGUCAGUUCGUGCUUGGAUGAUGGACCAGCAAAACCAACAAUCCAUUUCUCACGACCAUCAUCAUCAAAUCUCGCAAUCCAUUCAUCAUCAACAGUCCAUUUCCGGCAUGGGAUUCGCCUCCGGAGGCGGAUUCUCCGGGUUCCACAUCCCUGCACGAAUUCACGGCGAGGAGGAGCACGACGGUACUUCCGACAAGCCGUCCUCUGCUUCCUCCAAUUCUCGCCAUUGAACCAAAAGAAAUAGACUGAGCUUCUCUUCAAAAGGGCUCAAGCUCUCAUCUCAUCUCUGCCUUCCACAGAGAUAUUACAAGAGCUACCUGUUGGUUCCCAAUUCAUAUAUGGCCAGGAGACGAUUUUUCGGUCGCUUUGUUCAAUGGCGUGCGCCUUGGGAUGAAGAAAUCUGAGUGCAUUUCGGGUUUUUAUUGAUCCCUCGGUUCGUUUUAGCUUUUAUUUCAUCAGUUUGUUGCUUCUUGUUUUAAAAGCUCUGUUUUCAUGUUUGAGAUGAGCUCUCAAAGCUCAAACUUUUUGCUUGCUCUAUGUUGGAUUUGUGUUUCUGUUGCUAGACUAGCAGUAUGUUGCUAAAUUUGACUUGUUUCAUUCCUAGAGUUAAAUGGAAGUUCUGUGUUUUGAUACAUUA